ACAACACAAGUUUUUCUCCGGAUGAAGCGGGAGAGACCUGUUGUGCAUCCACACUGGAUUACUAGCAAAUUGCAUAUUAAGAAUGAUUCUGCAACACGUGGAAUGUGCUCAUCAGAGAUGCGCUGUUGGCUACGUCAUAUUCAAGUCGCAUUUUCCUCUCCAGAUUCCAACCUGCACUUUGAAUCAUGGCAAGCAAACCGGUUUGGGAGCAGAUAGGUGCAGGCUUUGUGCAACAUUAUUACCAACAGUUUGAUUCUGAUAGAACCAAACUCGCCGAUCUCUAUACUGAUGCGUCAUGUUUAACAUGGGAAGGAGUUGGUUUCCAGGGGCAUAAAGCCAUUAUGGAGAAGAUCACUAGCUUACCAUUCCAGUCAAUUCAGCACAGCAUCACCGCACAGGACCACCAGCCCACGCCAGACAGCUGUGUAAUGAGCAUGGUGAUGGGACAGCUCAAGGCUGACACUGACCAGGUGAUGGGUUUUCAACAAACGUUCCUGCUGAAGAACGUGGACAACAAAUGGAUCUGCACAAAUGACAUGUUCAGAUUGGCACUACAUAACUUUGGAGCAUAGGAGGAAAUGGAAGGAUCAUGUACCUUCCACAGAGUUAGCUUUUUAUAUUACUUUUCAACUUUAUGUGUGUGUGUGAGAAUGAUUGUCAGAUUCUUGUCUUCAAUAAACUCAUUAACCAGUUA